GAAGAAGGCGGCGAUGGUGGGAAGAGGCGAGCGUAAAGUAAGUUUUCGUUCGCUCGGCUCGACUAGGAGCCGAUCCGUCAGUCAGUCUGCUACGCGAUUCCGCGCGGUCCGUGUUGUUAUCUCCGCUGCGCGAGUAGCGCGCUACCUGUUGCUGCCGCUAUAUACAUCUCUCGAGGUAUAUCCGCGACUGGUUUUCUCUUUCCUCACCGCGAGGUGAACGUGAACGUCCGCGAGCAAAAUGGCCGCGCGCUGAAACGGAGUGUCCUCGAACGUCUUCCUCUCGGUCGGAAGAAGACCUUUCCUUGCUCCUGGUUCCACGCUCGAGGCGAGUUGGUCCUCGAGGACGAUGUCGGCGCGGGGACGUCUAGGAUAGGACCCUUCCGAGGACGAAAGGAAGCAAAGGACGAGCCCGCGCGGAUCGGCGAGCGAUUGGAAUUACGACGCUGAUGCGGGGGGCUCGGACGGAAGGACUCGUCUCAGGAGAGGAAAUAUCGCUGGUGAACGCGGAAGCGUCGUGAAGGACAUCAUCAUCUCUCUCUACAUCUUCUUUUACCGCGUAAACAAAGAUUAUUUUCACCCCGUGGACCAGAUUACGGAAGGAUGUCGCGGAGAACGCAACCGAACUCGACGCUAGUCGCGUCCUGUCUGACGUCACUUUCGCUCCUGCUGAUGCUGACGUCGACGGCCUGGGAAAGCGCGCGCGCCCACGUGGCUUUGACGUUUCCACCGGCCAGGCAGUACGACCUGGACUUCCUGGAUAACGCCAGGACGCCGGCACCGUGCGGCAUGCCUCGUGGUCAUGUCAAGACGUCAUUACUGGCAGGAAGCAAUUUCAACGUCACGUGGCAUCUCGCCUAUCCCCACAGAGGUGGCUUUCGGCUUCAGAUCUUAGAUUUUUACGACAGACCCCUGAUCGAUCUGACGCCCAUCACGCGAAACAGCGAAUUCGUCGAGGACGAUGCUACGGCGCAGAGCUAUGCCGUGCAGCUGCCGCAAGAUUUCACCUGCACCGACUGCACCAUCAGACUGCUGCGGGAGGCCGAGGAAUGGGGCUCCAGCUACAGAUUUUGGUCGUGUGCCGACAUCGAUAUCCGUGACAAGAAGGACUAUCGAGAGGAUUGUAGCGGUCACGGACGUUACUUGCUGGGCAGGUGCAGAUGCGAUCGUCUUUAUCACGGCGCGAGGUGCGAAUUUAAGGAGGAAUGCCUGGACGACUCGGACUGCGGUAUUCAGGGCAUAUGCAUCGACAAUGGCGGCACGACCGCGCCUACCAAGUACUGCUACUGCACCACCGGCUGGUUCGGUCCGGGUUGCGCGAAAAGAUCACCGGUAAAAAACAUCGACAUAGACUUGAACUCGUACACAAUGAAGCGAUUCUCCGAUGACAUCAUGUUCUACUGGAGAAUCUUGAAGGACAGCAAAGAGCUCGAGGGCAUCCUCGUAGCCAACUCGACGACGUGGAUCGGUAUUGGAUGGAGGCCCGACGAUCUGGGCCCGACCUGUCGAUCCUUCCCGAUGAUCAGGGAUAUACCCGAACCGCUUCCGCAGCCGGAGCCAAAAUUGGAAACAGAGCCGAAAUCGGAACCAGAACCCACAGCGGAACCGGAACCCGAGCCAGAACCGGAACCAGAACCCGGAGAUGGCGAGAAAUCGAUAGCGAAGAGGCGAUCGGCUAAGGCGGACGCUGCGACGUUUGUAACUUCGCGACCGGAUGCCGACGUCACCGUGCAGACCAGCGUAACUUAUCAAGUCAGCACGAAGCAAGGUCGCAAGAAAAGAUCUCCGGAACCAAUCUCGGUGUCUACGAACGGAAAACCGGUCGCCAAGUCCAGCACUGUCAUCAGGCAAGAACCGAAAUCCGAGCCAGAACCUACCUCCGAGCCAGAACCCAGCUCAGAACCAGAACCCAGCUCAGAACCAGAACCAAAAUCCGAGCCUGAACCCAGUACUGAGCCGGAACCGAAAUCCGAGCCCGAACCUAGCUCUGAGCCAGAACCGAAAUCCGAGCCCGAACCUAGCUCUGAGCCAGAACCGAAAUCCGAGCCUGAACCCAGCUCUGAGCCAGAACCGAAAUCCGAACCGGAACCUAGCUCUGAACCAGAACCAAAAUCCGAACCGGAACCUAGCUCUGAACCAGAACCAAAAUCUGAGCCAGAACCCAGUUCCGAGCCAGAGCCGAAUUCCGAGCCAGAGUCGAAUUCCGAGCCAGAGCCGAAUUCCGAGCCAGAGCCAAAAUCCGAGCCAGAACCGAAAUCUGAGCCAGAGCCAAAAUCCGAACCGGAACCGAAUUCUGAACCGGAACCGAAAUCCGAGCCGGAACCAAAAUCUGAACCGGAACCUAAAUCUGAACCAGAACCCAACUCGGAGCCGAGGCCAAAGUCGGGAGCGACGAAAGCAUCGUUACCGGCACCGGGGCACAAGUACACGCCCAAGCACGACUUCAACCCGAUGGACUGCACGGACAUCAUCAUCGGCAUGGCGCGAGGGACGAAUUACAGGAUCGGCGAUUAUUACACGAGGGAUCGCUCGACGCCCCGGAAGGACGAAUACUGGGGCGGAAGAGACAGCUUGACGGCCGCGUACGGAUACGAGCGUGACGGCGUCACGACGAUUCUCUUCCGCAGGAGAUUGGCCGCAACGGAGCCGACCGAUCACGAGAUUCGCGACGGCAACAUGCAGGUGAUUUGGGCGAAAGGUCAAGAGCCGGGCAAGUACGUGCACCAUCCGGCUAGCGGUAUCGAAAAGGCCAAGGCUAACGUCAAAGACUUCUACAAGGUCGACGAGCUUAAAUAUCACGGCCACAGAACGCAAAGAGGCGCCGUGAUGAUGAAUUUCUUCGAGGAAGUUAAGAAACCGGAAUUCGCCGGCGGUGUAACGUUAGAAGACGGUCGCUGCGGUGGUCAGUGGCGUUAUCCGAGAAAUUGUUUGCCGGAGAAUGGCACUUGCGAAUACGCCAUAGAAUGGACGUACAAGGGUAAAAAGGAUCUGAUAACAUUCGUCAUUUCCACUACGAACACCAAUACGUGGACCGGAGUUGGAUUUUCCGAUGACGGCAGCAUGUCGCAAACCGAUGCCGUGCUUGGCUGGGUCGAUAAGACGAACGGUCGAGCUUUCCUGAUGGACACUUGGAUCAGUGGCUACAACGCGCCGUUGCUAGACCCAUCGCAAGACGUUUACAACAUCAGUGGCCGUAUCGAGAACGGUGUAACUACUCUGAAAUUCUCAAGAAAACGUGUAACGGAGGACAGCAGGGAUCUUUCGUUCACGGACGAUCAUUGUCUAUACAUGAUGUUCCCGGUAAAAGGUGGCGUAUUCAAUCCGAUCAAUAAGAAGAUUCGAAAGCACGACGCGAAACCGGUUGUUUCGUCGGAUAGAAUAUGCAUCAAGUCCUGCGGCUUGGAAGACAACGAAGACCAAACCACGCCCGCGCCACCGAGGUUGCAUUACGAUAUCGAAGUCAAGCUCGUUAAUCUGGGCGACGGAUUUAUAACUCCCGAACCCGGUAGUGCCGACUUCGAAGUGAUCUCGAACAAGAUAUCAGACAACUUUGGACCAGUCUUUGAGAAACUGCCCGGCUAUUAUCAAGUUCGACUCGAUGAAUUGCGAAAAGAAAACGAACAGGGAGUGAUCGCCCGUAUGAAUCUAAUCCUCGACAAGAACGAAGCUAAGGGCAGAUCAUUGAAAGCUGCUGACACCGAGAUAGAGGUGGAGAAAGCUUUACGCGAAGCACUGAUAACUGGCAAGGCCGGAGCACUUAGCGUCGAUCCACAAUACUUAAUAAUCAAAGCACCCCGAGUGAACGAUAUUGAGGCGGAAGAUGAAAACGAUCGGUCAUCCUCGGAUCUAUUUCUGGGCACGACGAAGCUCUACAUCGUCGUUGGUUGUGUAGCAGCGUUGCUGGCCCUUGCAUUGCUGCAGGCUAGUUGUACUCUCUACAGGAGCUCGAAAAGACGAGCAACUAAGGAACGUUUGAUCGUCAGCAAUGCCUGGAAGGACUAUGCUUCCGGCGCGAACACAAACUUUGCAUUCGACGCAUUCGAGACGGAGGAGAAGGCGCCACCGCCACCAGUUUCCAGUCUGCCGAGACCCAGAGAGAUGAUGACUAGUAACGGAAUGACUAUCAUGAACGGUACCGACACCAUCGAGGGACCAACUAGAAUGGUCGGACCCAGAGCAACCUAUAGUCUGCCUCGCGCACCUGGUGCCAGACACUCGGCACCUAUCCAACCUGGAUACUACACGCAAGAUCGCAGGGAUCAUUACGGACGUCCCAGGAGCAUGCACAACCCGACGGGUACCCAGGCGAAUCAGCCGGACUUUUACUUUAUGCCCAGUCAGCGAAAGUACAGCGGCGAGGUCGUGCGCGUUUACGUGGAUUACGGCAGCCAGAUGCCGAAGUAAGAGUUAGACCGCAAAUUACGCGAUAGAACGUUUUAACCGAGAAGCCUCACCGAAGCGACUUGUACAUAUAUAUAUAUAUAUACAUAUAUAUCUCAAUUAGUGACGCGGAGAAAAGGACUCGCAGCGGUGCUAUUAUCUCUAUUUUGUUCUUUCCCUUUCCCCGCGACUUCCCUUUCUCGAAGGGAUCCACUUGAAUCAACAGCUGAUGAAAUGUCGGAGAGGGAAGUCCCCGUACGAAAGCAUACAAGUGACGCUUUACGACCAAAGAAAGUUAUACAGUUAUGGCGCCUACAAUCCUGUACAGAGCGCGUAAACUCUUGUCAAACUUUUAUGCUUUUGUGGUGGAAAAUGUAUAGUUACGUAAGCCUAUAUGUAGUCGAGAAUCUGACACUUAGAUCCAAAUAUGAUGUGUCUUAAUGUUAAGUAUCCGAAGAUUCAAGAACAAUCCAAGGAUCUUAAAAUUUAAUAUCAAGAAAAUAUAUAAGGCGCUCUAAAAUUAUAGAGCGUAUAUACAGAAACCCAUAAAUCCUAAAUUAAUAAGAUCCAACCAUUCUGAAACUUUAAAAUUGAAGACCCAGAAAAUUAUGUAUGUAAGGUAAUAUUUUGUUCGAUGGAUACGCGUAUCCGCUCUUUGCGCAAUGAUAUCGACGCACGCCCAAUAAAUGCAUCUACUUAAAAAGAGCAAGCAUGGACGUAUAAACAAUAAAAUAUUUGUACAUUUCUAAACAGAAUUGAUGCGUCCUCUUUUUUGAUAGAUUACCAUUACUUAUCUUCAAAGUAUUAUAUAUAUAUAUGUAUAUCUACAAAGAACAAGAAUGUCAUAGAAGAGAAGCGACAAUAUACACGAGAUAUAACGAUUGAAAUAAACGUGCGUAGAGAGCACAUCUGCGACGAUUGAAA